AUGGCUUCAGUAAAAAAGGCAGAAGAGAUUGUACGCCGCCUAACUAGGAAGUAUGGGUACUUGAACGAAGAAAUGAUGAGUGAUAUCGAAAAAUGGAAGCCAGAAUACCGUCGCGAAAUAGAUGAAAAUUGGCUUGCGAUGGAGAAUACCGCGGCGCACUCUAUCAAAACCCUGGCCAAGCAGAUUUAUGGCAGUGGCGCUCGUUUUGUGUUUGAACUCCUUCAAAACGCGGAAGAUAAUAACUUUUCCAAAACCACUGAAGAUCCCUACAUCUCAUUCGAGGUCUAUGAAAACCGGAUUGUUGUGGAAUGUAAUGAAGAUGGCUUUACCGAGCGGGACUUGGUGGCUAUUUGUGCAGUUGGGCAGAGCACCAAAUCCACUUCUUAUGGCUACAUUGGUGCAAAGGGCAUCGGUUUCAAGUCUGUUUUUAUCGCUGCUUGGAAGGUACACAUCCAGUCUGGGAAUUUCUCAUUCGAAUUCAGACAUAAACGAGAUGAUCCUGGACUGGGUAUGGUCAGGCCCAUUUGGAUACCAACUAAUGAAAAGCUGAAGGGGCCAUUGACACGCAUGACUCUUUAUUUUCAUGACGAAGGAGACAAAGACGAACUUCAGCGCCUCAAAUCAAUCAUCUUCAAACAGCUAGACGACUUGCAACAAACAUCCCUACUUUUCUUAAAGAAGCUUCAGAGAAUAAAGAUGGUGUUUUACGACAAAAGUAACAGAGUUGAGAAAUCGAAAGAGUUCCUGAAGCGCCAGGUCGAUAAAUAUCGAGUAGCUUUGGACACAGACUCCGCCAAAGACAAUGAGACAAGGAAAGAAAGCCAAAUAUAUCACAUCACGACAUUGACAGCACACGGACUAGCAAGAAGCGAUAACCGCGACCUGCCUAAUACGGAUGAUACUCAAACUAUCUCGACCUCUGCUGAGGUCGUUCUAGCAUUCCCUCUCACUGCAGAAUUCAAGCCAAUUGUUAAUACAAAGAAAAAACAAGAAAUAUUUGCAUUUCUGCCGGUGAGAGAGUCGGAUUACAAGUUUCUCAUUCACUCCGAUUUCGAUACCAGUGCCAAUCGCCAAGACAUCAUCACCACUUCCACAAGAAAUGAAAAUCUCCUUGAUUGGAUAGCAAAGGCAUUCCUUACCGCCAUCAAACAGUUUUGCGAACACUCCUCUUUAUGCUAUGAAUGGCCUCUGUUUCUUCCAAACACUGAAGGUGCAUUGGAUACGUUUUGGGCCGAGCUAAAUAUUAAAAUCCGAAGAAUUGUCACGACGAGUCCUACACUCAAGUCACGCCAUCGGAGGGACCCGCGAGUCAUCACCGACAUCUCGAUUCUUACUAAAGAUGCGACAUAUGAGGGAGGUGUGCCAUUAUUUGACGACCCGGACAAGGACCCGUUUCUUUCACCAAAGUAUUCCAAGCCAGUAAGGAGUGUUCUAAAGGGUUAUGGACUAAAGAACAUUUCACCAAACGCCAUCUUGGAAAUGCUAGAAAGUGAUUUACGCAAUCCUAACUCUAAAAUGCAUGGAAAAAAGACGGACGGGGCCUGGUAUUCAGCUGUGGCUAGUCUCCUUUGUUCGUGGUUUGAUCGCAAUUAUUCUUUUCUCAAUCGAUUAAGACAAUUGCCUCUGAUUCCCUUACGAGAUGGGAAGUGGAUCUCCGCGGCGCUGGGUCCGAUAUACUUCCCAAUGACAAAAAACAUCCCCAUCCCUGAACGAUUGGAUAUUAGGGUUCUACCAGUUGAAAGAAUAUUUGACGACGAGUGGAACAGACUAUUUGUUCAACUGGGUGUUUUAGAGGCGGACAUAGUUGCAGUUAGGGCAUCAAUACUGAGGGCAUAUAUGUCGCCAAACAACGGUUUGCUCGGAUCAGAUCAUUUGACUUUUUUGCGCUACUUAUAUCGCACACACCAGCCUGGGAUAUCGACCGAAACAGAGCUUGCAUUUAAGGUUGCAGUGGGGGAUGACAAGAGCAAUCUAAUUCGGCCACACAAGACUGACAUUUACCUUCCCGGAACGACACACAGGUUUAGCCCACAGUCUGUUCUUGCGUCUCGUGGCGCAGCUCCCGGGCUCUCUGUUAGAUUUUUACAUGAAAUCUACAUGGAAAGUAUCCCAAAGAAACCUGAUCCAAGCUUUCCAUCUUGGGAAAAAUGGCUGUUCGACUUUGUGGGCAUACGAGAGCGGUUACGGCUUGUUGAUGCUAGUGGAGGGUCUUUAUCAGAAGCUCUAACUUAUGUUCACAAACACCAUCCAGAAGAAUUCCUCGGACUGUUGAAUUAUCUCUGGCAACAUGAGGAUUCCAAAACCAAGAGGAGCGAGAUUCUACGGCGAAACAUCAAAGCUCUGUCUGCGAAAGAACUUUGCGGAGUGAGCUACGCUAUCUCCUUUGGGGAUACAUGGCUCCCAUUUGAGGGCCUUCGCGACCAUGCAUCACUAUAUAUGGAGUUUCCACAGCAUUUUCCAUUUCUCAAGAUCGAUAACACCGAUUCAGAUGAUAAAUUCGGUAGCCAUAAGAUAUUUAACUUAUACGCUGCUAUUUAUUCGAUACUCAAAUUGUCCAGAAACCAAGACAAGGAUCAACGCACGAUUAAAGAUUUCUUCGCAGAAGGCAGAAUAUUUGUACCAAACGGCAAAAGCUCUUGCUGGACAUCGUCUUCUAAUUGCCUGUGGCGCGCCCCCCAAGACAUGUUAUCAAAAUAUUCUCUCAAAAGCUUUUACUCGAGAAUCAUAGAUGACGACCAGCUGGAAGAUAUAGAGCGCCUCUUUCAUAAAAUUGUUGAAAUCCCUUCCGCCUCCUGUUCCGACAUUGCGACCGAGUUAGAAGAGUCAAAGGCCGCAGGCUGUGACGGCGACGACUUUCCACGAAUUGAUCAGCUGUACAGGUAUUUGAGAGGACUUAAGCUUCCAGUGACUAGGGUUAGUAAGGUCGAAAUUAGGGGGAAAGCCAUACUAGAUUCGCACUACGAAUCCCUCAAAGACUUUUUCGUUGGAAAGCUGGGGGUCACAUCGCUCACCAUCCAAAUGCUUUAUGAUGAAUUGAUACAGCCCUCCCCACAGAAGGACCAUAAUGAUCUGAAAGACGCCAUCUUGUCUUUUAGUAGUCUACUCCAAACCGAGCCGACUUUAUUAGAUCCGCGACCAAUUCUGGAUGUGGAUUUUGCUAUUCCGGACAGGGACCCUUUAGGCAAUGUGUUUCAAGACAAGAUUGCGAUGCUAGAUUUCAACUUGGAAGAUAUUCGUCGGUUGAAACCAUUUUUUGAGUGGACAAAGCUUGAGGAGAGAUACCUAUCCAACUGCGUUGUAGAGGGAACCUCUGUGUCUAAGAUUGGACGGCCAAUCUUGAUGGAGCAGAGAGAUCUGAAGCGCAAAGCUUACUAUAUUCUCCGCAUUGCGGCUACCUUUGGCAGUCCCCGUUAUCAGGCAGACUCCUCUGAGUUUUACCAGCUUUUACGAGCCAUCAAGACCAUGGAGACAGCUCGUAUAUCCUCUACUCUGACUGUGUCUCAGAAUAACCAGAACUUUUGCAUCGAAGACGUUACUGGAAAAGUGCACAUGGAGCACACUCCGUCCGGACUCACAAUCUUUGUGCCCCGAGGGAAAAAAGACCAGGGCAUCUGCUUUAGCUCUGUACUGCCAAGAAAGUUUGCAGAGUGGCUAAUGCAAGAUUCGACAACGCAGAGAAUUGGCAAAGUUGAGAGUGAAAUGGUUAAUAUUUUAACUGCUGUCUUUGCAUAUGAUCGUUCUGUUCUCAGCGAAACCUGCGACCGUCAUGGGAUUUUUCAAAUUGAGAUUUUAAAUGAGGAUACUGAGGAUGACGAUGAGGAUACUGAGGAUGACGAAGAGGAAGAUGAAGAUUAUGAGGAGGAUACCGAAGACGAGGACACUGAAGAUGAGGAAGAAGAUGAUCACGAUGAGGAGGAAGAUGACAAUAGUGGAUUGGAACAGCAACAAGGUCGAAGAACACGAUCUCCAGAUACCCCGGGAAGCGACUCGGAGACACUAGUCGAGACCGUCUUUCGGCAACGUCAUCUUUCAAGUCAACCCCCGCCGGAUGCGGAGAAUCGUGAAAAUUUGGCAUCUGCGGGAGCGUCUGCCGAUACACAAUAUGGUGUGCUUUUGGAGAGAGUUGUUACCGCAGCUCAGAGUGCAGUAUUUCCUUCUCAAGGUUCUUUUGAUAUGAGCGACUUGCGCAAUAACUUGCCCAGUCAACUCAGAGAUAACACGUUUGAAAGUUUUGAUGGAUUGGAGAUUGUGUUUGAGUUACUAUCUACCCUUGAAUUGCCCCGUUGGAGCAAUGAGAACUGGCAAAGUACAAUCAGAGGCUACGUUAGGGCGCAUCCCAGUUAUCGCAACUUGGCUAGUUGGCGUGGCAGAGAAACCGCGGACCUGGUUUACCACGAUACUGAGGGCCAAUUUACCAAUACUCUCAUCGGCUGCGGUUAUCUCAAUCAUGAUGAAUGGCAUAAUUCUCGACCAAAGUACUAUAUAGAGGUAAAAACUACUACAGGGCCACGAGAAACUCCAUUCUACAUGAGCAACAGCCAAUAUGAGCGUAUGAGGCGCACACACACGACACCAAAUCGCUCAGAGAUAUACAUGAUUUUACGUGUGUUUUGGCUGAAUAGCGAUAAUAUUGGCAUGUGCGUAUACUUUGACCCUGAGCAAUUGAGGCAAGACGGGCGGUUGUUAUUCACAGCGCAAACAUGGUCUGUCACGCCUAAUGCGGAGUCUGAAGAAUAA